GCUGACGGUUUUUCUGAUUUUCCAGUUUAGGGUCCAGCCAGUUGGCUGGAAGCAGGACAGAGGUCAGUUGAACUCAGACCACACAUCCCUGUUAAACACAUCAGCUUUUAAAUCAAUCUUUGAUCAAAGUCCAUUGAGUUCCAAGACUAGAGCUCCGGGGAGAGAGAAUUCCCAAGUGACAGCCGCUCUAAUUCCUUCCAGGCACACAGAAAUGGCUGCUGUCUUUAAUGCCCGAGAAUGUAAACUGGCCAAACCGGAAGGGCGAAGCUAUGGCUUCUUCCUGCGCAUUGAGAAGGACACAGACGGGCACCUGGUCCGGGUGAUAGAGAAGGGAAGCCCGGCAGAGAAGGCUGGGCUCCUGGACGGAGACAGGGUGCUCAGGAUUAAUGGUGUCUUCGUGGACAAGGAAGAACACGCGCAGGUGGUGGAUCUCGUCAGAAAAAGUGGGAAUUCAGUGACUUUACUGGUCCUGGAUGGGGAUUCCUAUGAGAAAGCUGUGAAAAAAGGGGUUGACUUGAAAGAGUUGGGUCAAAGCCAGGAGCUGGAUCUGAAUGACCUGAAAGUGGCCCCUGUGAUGAAUGGAGCAGUAACUUGGACCCAGCCACGGCUCUGCUACCUGGUGAAGGAGGGGAACAGUUAUGGCUUCUCUCUGAAAACUGUCAAAGGUAAGAAGGGGGUGCACAUGACUGACAUAACACCCCAUGGCGUGGCCACGAAGGCUGGAGUCCUCCCAGAGGAUCAUCUGAUCGAGGUGAAUGGAGAGAACGUAGAGAAUGCCAGCCACGAGGAAGUGGUUGAAAAGGUGAAGAAGUCAGGAAACCGUGUUGUGUUCCUUCUUAUGGACAAAGACACUGACAAGUACCACAGUGAACAAAAAAUACAGUUCAAGAGGGAAACAGCUAGUCUGAGACUGCUGCCCCACCAGCCUCGAGUGGUGCAGAUGAAGAAGGGAAGCAACGGCUAUGGCUUCUAUCUGCGGGCAGGGCCGGAACAGAAAGGUCAAAUCAUCAAGGAUAUAGAUUCUGGGAGUCCCGCAGAGGCAGCUGGCCUGAAGAAGAAUGACCUGUUAGUUGCCGUCAAUGGGAAGUCUGUGGAAAGCCUGGACCACGACAGUGUGGUGGAGCUGAUCAGGAAGGGAGGAGAUGAGACCUCGCUGCUGGUGGUGGACAAGGAGACGGACACACUGUACAGGCUGGCCAAAUUUUCUCCAUUUCUCUACUAUCAAAAUCAAGAACUGCCUAACGGUUCUGCCAAGGAGGCCCCAGCUCCUGCUCCUCUGGAGGUCUCAGGUCCAGACACUACAGAGGAAGUAGAUCAUAAGCCUAAACUCUGCAGGCUGGUUAAAGGUGAAAAUGGCUAUGGCUUUCACUUAAAUGCGAUUCAGGGUCUGCCAGGCUCAUUCGUCAAAGAGGUUCAGAAGGGCGGCCCUGCUGAUGCAGCUGGGCUGGAGAAUGAGGAUGUUAUCAUUGAGGUGGACGGGGUGAAUGUGUUGGAUGAACCCUACGAGAAGGUGGUGGACAGAAUCCAGAGCAGCGGGAAGGAAGUCACACUCUUAGUCUGUGGAAGGAAGGCCUACAAUUACUUCCAAGCUAAGAAAAUUCCAAUUGUUUCCUCCAUGGCUGACCUGCUGGAUGUCUGCCUGGAUGCCAAAGGAGACACGGUGGCAGAGGUGGCGCACGCCUCAUGCCUGGUGAAAGAGCGGGCCCACAGUACAGCCUCAAAUUCUUCCUCCAGUUCUGAAGACACAAAGAUGUGAUCAGAAUCGUGGCUUCAGCGGACGGGAUUCCUACUAAAUUUCCAGAAACUGCUGUCUCAACGAAGGAAAGAGCUGCCACCCGCCUUCUGUGUUAGCCAAGACUGUUUUGGAAACCAUCAUGUGUGACUGUUAUUUGCCCUGGAGCUGCUAUCACAAGGAGCUCCUUUAUGGGCAAGUUAGGAGGUUCUAAGGCAGGAGCCCCUUUGUGCUCUGUUCCAAGCUUUAGAUUCGCUACAUUUCUCUGUAUGAUGAUCUCUUUUAUAGGCUCCUUGAGCACCAAGGCUGAUUCAUCCAUCUCCAAAAUAUUGAAGCGGAUAAUCCCAUUAAAAUUAUGCUUUUAUAAAAAUGUGGUUGCUAAAAUACUAUUAAAGAUAUCUUGAGUAUGCUUAAUUUCUCUACUA